GCUUCUUGUUCACGAUGCUGAGUCAAGAGAUUAUCGUUAUCGGUGCCGGGCCGUCAGGCAUCGCCCUUGCGCACACCUUGAAGCACAAAUUGGGCUUCGACGAUUUUACAUUCUACGACAAGCUUGACGGGCCUGGCGGCACGUGGCGACAGAACACAUAUCCGGGAGUGGGAUGUGAUGUGCCGACAAUACUCUAUUCAUUUUCAUUCAACCAGAAUCCAAAUUGGUCGAAGGAGCUAUGCGAGGGACCCGAGAUCCUUGAAUACAUGGAAGCAACGGUGGACAAAUUUGAUCUCCGAAAGCACAUGGAGUUUGGGAUCGAAUGUAUUUCCGCGUCCUGGAAUGACGGGGGGUUUUGGGAGGUUCGUCUUCUUGAUUGUCAGACACACAUCGAAUACACCAGAACCGCAACCAUCUUUAUCUCCGCCGUAGGCGGUAUCUCAAAGCCACGAGACACUCGAUUCUCCGGUAUGGAGAAAUUCAGCGGCGAAAUCUUCCACACCGCGCGGUGGAACCAUCAAUUUGACUACCGCAGGAAACGCCUCGCAGUGAUUGGAAACGGAUGCUCUGCAGCCCAGGUGGUCCCUGCCAUUGCUCAAGAUGCCGCAAUGGUAAAGCAAUACGCAAGAAGUGCGCAGUGGUAUCACGAGAGGCCAAACCGUAGCUUCACAGCUUUCGAAAAAUGGUGCCUCCGUAACAUCCCCUUCUGGGAGCGCUACCUUCGUCUGCAGCUUUUCCUUGCCAGUGACAAACUCGUGGCCACUUAUCUACCUGGACCGGCGGCUGAGAAGUUGCGCGCGAAAGCUGAGAGCAGAGCACGCCAGUACAUCUAUCAGACUGCGCCCAAGGAGUACCACAAGUCUCUUGUUCCGAACUUUCCCUUAGGCUGCAAGCGACGGAUCUUCGACCCGAAUUAUCUGGAUAGUCUCCAUCGCAGUAAUGUGGAAUUGGCUCCCGUUGGAAUCGAUCAAAUCGACGAGACUGGUAUCACCGGUACAGAUGGCGUCCGGACUGAAUUCGAUGCGAUUGUUUUGGCAACGGGCUUUGAUGUCCAGCAGUUUAUCGUCCCAAUGGAGUUGUACGGCAAAAAUGGCAAGAGCCUGUCACAGCAGUGGUUGGAGUCUCGUGGGGCACAGGCCUAUAUGGGUGUCUACGUGCACAAUUUCCCAAACCUUGGCCUUUUAUUCGGUCCUAACACCUUCCCUGCACACAACUCCGUGCUCUUUGCUUCCGAGGUACAGGUGGAAUUUUUGGCUCGAACGUUGAUUGCGCCGAUUAUUGAUCGCCGGAUAUCCUCACUAGAAGUGAAGCGUACCGCAGAAUACCAAUGGGUAAACGCAUUGCAGACUGAACUCAAAGGCAGUGUGUUUGAAGCUGGAUGCUCAAACUGGUAUAUCAACAAGCAUGGGCGCAACUCAGCGUCGUGGCCAGGCUAUGCCUCGACUUACUGGAAGAAAGCAUUGAGACCCCAUAAACUGCUUCUCCGGGCUCUACGCCUCUGGGCCUAUGGGAAUGUAGAUAAAAUGGAUCUUACUACAUAUAUGCUAUCGAUCUCGUAUAUUUCACUGCUUGCGCCUUGA